GACGCCGGCUUCGUUGUCUGACUUUCUUCCUAACUAUAUAAAAGCGACGGUGGCUCGUUGCAACCACAUUAUUCAGUUGUGGAAUCCCGUUGCGUGCAGCUCGUGGAACGUCAAUAAAACCAAAACCAAAAAAAUCAACUUACAAUUAAAGCAUAAAAAACCCCAAACUAUUAAAAUGGCCUUUAAGUAUCUGAUUUUUGCAUCGGCUCUGUGCCUGAGCCUGGCCUAUCCGGUGGAUCAUCAUUACUAUGAGGAGAGCCACGGCGGAUAUGAGCAUUUGGGCCAUCAUGAGGCUGAGCCCAUACACGACUAUGGACACCAGCAUCAGAUUGAGCGCAUCUCGCUGGGCGAGGAGCAUGGUCAUGAGCAUCCCCACUACGAGGUGGAGCAGCAUCAUACCGAGGACGAGCAUGUCGAUUACUAUGCCCCGCCCAAAUAUGCCUUCAAGUAUGGCGUGAAUGAUUUCCACACCGGCGAUGUCAAGUCACAGCACGAGACCCGCGACGGCGACACCGUGAAGGGCCAGUACUCGCUGGUGGAGCCCGAUGGUUCCAUACGCACCGUUGACUACACCGCCGACAAGCACAAUGGCUUCAAUGCCGUCGUCCAUAAGACGGCGCCCGUGCACCACCACGAGGAGAUCCACGAUCAUCACGAGCAUCACUACUAAGGCACGUUACCAGAAGAGAGCACAAAAAACAUGAGACCAUAACUAUGUUUAACACUAGAAUUAGCCAAAUUUUGAUAAAGCCGCAUCAUCAAGCAUACAGACACACACCAACACACAACGCACACACACACACUCUCACACAAUCGAACGAUCCAUGUAAUGUAAUCAGCUUCAUAUCUCGUAAUUAGGACACUGACAAGAACCAUGCACUCCACCACUGCCCGAGUGCAUGAUGCAUUAUAAUACUCCAUAAUACUCAUAUCAUAUCAUUUAAAUAACGUAUUUUAUUUCUGUGAUAGCAAAUAAUUUCCACUUACUCAACUACACGCUAACUUUCAACUGUUUCUUAGUCACUAUCUGCUACGAUUCAUCCACUCCCAAGACUAGUUCAUUCACUCAGACGAAUUUAUCAAUCUAUAAACUAUAACCAUACCAUAUAAUUUCAUUAAUUACGUUAAAUGAAUGACAUAUUUGUUGCAGAGACAAAAACAAAUCAAUUGUA